CCCCAAGGAUCCGCAGCGGAUUAGAACUUCUUUCGUUGGAGGCCUUCUUGGAGUUCGAAGCCCCGAAACCCGAUCAUUUAGAACCUCCAUCUCCCGGGGAGCGAAUGGAACCACAUAGCACCUAUUCAAGCUCAUACUCUGAUGACCCAAAAACUUCAGAGUACGCCUUCUUUAAGAAGUUUAAGAAGGAUGCAGGGCACACUUUUCAUUCCUAUCCUCUGCAUACAGAAGACCCCCAAUUGGAAAAAUUCAAAAGGAACUCUAUGAGAGGGCGCUCUUGUCAUUCCUACGAAAAAGAUACUCAACUGGAGAAGUUCAAAUCAAGGAACUCUAUGGGAGAUAUUAGCAACAUGGUACAUGAAAGCUGUAAGAGCCUCAAGACCUCAUCACUUGUGAAAAAUGUUACACCUGUAAACAUUCAUUCAUUCUUCUCACCCUUGCCAAUUGGUGGUCCAUUAGAAAACAUGGGAUCACAAUACCAGGAGGAGAACUCAUUUUCUCUGAAGAGGGAGAAACUGCGUCAGUGGGCGGCAGAUGCCUCAUUUCCUGAUAUUGAUGAACUCUGUUCUAAGGGGUGUGACUUGGUCUCUACACUUCUCAGUCGGAUACUCCCCAGUGGUAGAGAGAAAAAUCAUCAUAGUGGUCCAAUGCUGAAGCAAGUAGACAUCAAUGCCAAAUCAAAGUCAUUUCCCUUUCCUGAGCCCGAUAUUUACUUAAAGGAUGUUCACUGGAGGCAUACGAGGAACCUCAUGGAAUCUAACUUUGUGGAAUACUUGGAUAAUGGUCCUUCAGUGUGGGGGUGUAAUGGACCGAGGGAUUUGGUUCUCCCAAAUUGGGACAUUGUAGGUUCUGAUUGUCCAAUUACCAGUUGUGCUUACAAAAACUAUCACCUGUAUGGAUACGGAGAAUCUGAUUGUAAUUUGGACAGAAAAAUUGCUAGUUUGUGCCCCAAGAGCAGUUCAGCUUUUGAUUUUCCUUUCAAAAGUUUUGGAACAUCAAGUCAUCUCAAACAGCUGGAUGAAUUCCAUAAUCCAAAUGAAUCUUCAUUACAAAGAGAAUCACCUUCUCUUUUGCUGGACUGGGAUUUUGACAAGAAGGAUGAAGACAACUUCUCAAUUACUUCUCUUGAUCGAGAGAUGAACAUGUGUGUCACUGCCCCACUAUCAUGGGACAAUGAUCAUAGGCAAAGCCUGGGAAAUACACCCAGUACAAGUUGGCUGUCUCCAUCGACCUUCCUUUCCAAUCUUUGUCCAGGCUUUACUCCAAAGCCAGACUUGACUUUUGCCAGCUACUGCGACCAUGAUUUUGAGAGACAUGUUCGAAAAGAUGAGAAAUAUUUACUUGCAAAAUUGGAUGCAUUGCCAUCAACCUCAUCGUACAACCUCAACAACUAUCUUAAUCUGGAAGAACAUGGCAAUUUUGACAACACACACAAAGGUAGCAGCAUCUUCGUUGCUCAAAGUAACCAUUGUUUUAUGAGCAAGGAUUUCAAUGAGAAGCAACAUCUGCUCUUGGAUGCCAUCCUCCUUUCAUCCAGGUUCGAUUUUGAUUUUGGAUCCAAAUGUGUUGGGGUAGCAGACUCUUUCAGAGAACAUGACUCCUAUACUUAUCGCGCUCCUAAUCCUUGGGAAGAACCCACGUGCUUGCAUAUUACAAAAGACGAGUACGAGUGUUGCCCGGGCAGCACAUGUACCACAGAAACGAUUAAUCAUUUCACGAGUGACAUAUUUGACAUCCAUCAUCAGUCCUCUAUCUGUUUUCAAGUAACUCUCGAAAGAGAGAAUGCAUAUCCAACCCUGCUGGACAAAUCGAGCUGGGCUCCAGAUGGAGAAAUACAAUAUGAUUGCGUUGAAGAUCAAUACGAUUAAUGGAUCCCUUGCAUUUAUGUUGGUGCUUCCGAGUUUUGAUUAGAGUUACCUGUGCGCUGGGAUGCCGUUGGCUUUUGUUCUUAUAGCUGGAAAUGAUUCUUGAUGGGUAGGUGCAGUGUUCAAUGGAAAUUUAAGAUGUAUGGAAGUUUUUGUUCGGUGGAUGCCUUGUGGGAAUCAAUUUCUAUAUUUUAAAUUCUUGUAUCUUGUAGAACCAGCCAUUCUAUUUUUUGGACCCAUAAUGUUCAGCUGACAACA